UUAACAUAUUUGGACAAGCAAACAUUUAAUCCUCUUUGAAACAGUGCCUAUUAAUAAAGGUGAUACACUCUAUCAAAUGACAUAAAAUUGACAUUUUGUAGUCAUUUUCAUAAUUUAAAUGGAACAAAAAAACAAAUCAGUCCCAAGGAAAAUUAAGUACACCCCUACAUUCAUCACACCUUCAAAUCCAUACAAUUAGAAUCAGGUGUUCAAAAUUAUUGGCCAGUGCCAGUGAUUGGAACCUGUUUUAUUUAUAUCCCUCUCAUAUCUAGUGUGUGGUGUUCCCUUUGUUAUUGAGGUGUGUCGUGUCAUCAUGCCAAGAUCUAGAAUUCUGUAAGGCCUUCAGACAAAAAAAGGUUGUGGAUGCCUAUGAGUCUGGCAAGGGAUUUAAAAAGAUCUCCAAAUAAUUUGAAAUGCAUCAUUCCACUGUAAGGACAAUAUUCUACAAAUGGCGCAGAUUUCAAAUGACUGCCAAUUUAUCCAGGACUGGCCGUCCCAGCAAAUUCAGCCCAAGAGCAGACCGUCUGAUGCAAAAGGACCCCAGAACCCCAAAAUUUCAUCACAGGAUCUGCUAGUAAGUCUUGAAACUGUUGGUGUCUAAGUGCAUGCUUCUACAAUCAGAAAGAGGUUGCACAAAUUUGACCUGCAUGGGAGGCGUGCCAGGAAAAAGCCUUUUCAAGACUGCAGUUUGCCGAUGAGCAAAGACCAGGCCUUUUGGAAUAAUGUGCUCUGGACAGAUGAAUCAAAGAGAGAGUUGUUUGGCCACAGUAACAGCAGACAUGUUUGGUGCAGACAAAUGAAAGCUUUUCAGGAGAGGCACCUCAUACCAACUGUGAAGCACGGUGGUGGAAAUGUAAUGGAUUGGGGUUGCUUCAUUUCCUCAGGGACUGGACAGAUUGCAUUCACUGAUUCAGCUAUGAAUUCUGCAUCACAUCAAAGAGUGCUUGAAGAUAACGUGAGGCCAUCUGUCCGAAAAUUGCAGUUGAACCGAACGUGGACCUUUCAACAGGAAAGCACACUAGAAAAUCCACUAAGAAAUGGCUCAAAAAGAAGAAAUGGAGGGUUAUGGAAUGGCCUAGUCAAAGCUCGGAUUUGAAUCCCAUUGAAAUAUUGUGCGGGGAUUUGAAACGGGCAGCACAUGCAAGAAAACCCUCAAAUAUCUUGCAACUGAAAGAAUAUUGCAUGGAAGAGUGGUCAAAAAAUCCAGCAAGCCUGGUGGACAAUUAUGCAAAACGCCUACAAGAAGUUAUUUCUGCUAAAGGGGGCAAUACUAGCUUCUGAAGACAAGGGUGUACGUACUUUUUCCACAGAAGAAUAUCACAUCCGUUGAUAUUUCUGUUGAAUAAAUGAUUGAAAAAGCUAAUUUUCCUUGUGUUUUUGUUUAGGUAUAAGUAUAUCAACUUCAUUAAUGGGCACUCUUUCAAAGAGGAUUCAAUGUUUGCUUGUCCAAAUAUGUCAAAAAAGCCAACAGUUUCCAUGGGGUGAAAUUCUUAUCUUGAGGGCUUAAAAUAUUGCACAAUAUUUAAUACAAAGCGUACAAAUAGACCAAAGAAAUAAAACAGUAAAAACAUUUACAGAUUCAAAAUUAUUGUAAAGUGUUUCUAAACAUGUAAAAUGCCUUUAUGUUUAAUUCAUAUUAUACAUUCAGGUCUAAAACAUUGUGCCACUCAUAUUUAAUACAAAAGCUUCAUUUUAAACUCUCCAAAUGUUAGGUUAUUGGUAUGUAAAGAGCAUGUCAAAAACGAUGCUAAUAUAACAUGCUGUUGUUGCCCCACAGUGUCCAUUGGGUAAGUAAAUAAUAAAUAAUGUACAAUGUAAUAAAAUAAUGUUCUACUACUUUUAAGUGCAUAAACAGGUUUUGAUGUAAAGGAUUGUAAUUUUGAUGAGCGUCUUAUGUGUUACAACAGGACACCACUCAUAAACGGGACAAUGUGUCAUGCAGGUUACAUUUUACUCUCGAAACCAUUAACUACCAUACUAAACGUUGUCGUAUUAUGUUGAAAUUCUUUUUAUGGAUGUAUGGAUUUUUUUUUUUUUAUGAUUGUUUACUUCUAGUACACUUUCUGCUCUUUUAAGAAAAGGUUAAUUGUGUUUAGCCGUGCAGAAGAAGUUUGUGAAAAUUUAUCCUACACAUGCGGUAGGAUGCUUCAUACUGACCAUACAAAGCAUGUGCUAAGCGAUAUGUCUUUUAUCUUUUCUUUAUUAUAGAGUUCACAAAUGCCCGCACCUACUGCAAGUUCAUCACUGGAUCAUUGCAGAUCACAAAGCCUCAAGCAAAUAGUUCACGACUGACCACAAUGCUGUAAUGAAUACUGUAAAAUCUGUGACAUUAUGUAACACUAUGACAGAAACACUGUUACACAUGGACAACAAAUAACACACUGAGACUCCAAGUACACGCUGUACUUCUUGCACUCCAUGAAUGAGGUGACUGACCAACAGCCCUACUUGUCCGCAUUCCUGGCAUUCGAACAAUACCCUUCUCUGCACGCACCCACCCACACGUACGCAAAUGAAGAUGCUCACCACCAUGACAUACCGAAUGCCCAACUUCACCCUGGAGCAGAAGCUCUACCUGCUCCGGAAGAUCCACAGCGUGGUGGACGCUGUGCAGGACUUCCGCAAGGACACCAACACCACUGUGUACCGUAAUGCUGUGUGGGCCGAACUGGCGCAGGCCUUCAACGAGGCCUUCCCCAACCGGCCGCCCAGCAGCGUUGGCUCUCUCAAGACCCUGUGGAAGCGGCUGAAGGUGGAGUGUCGCGUGGCUUUGCAGAGACGUCAGGAACAGCAGGCAGCCGGCAUGCCUCUCACUGCCCUCACUCAGGUGCAGCGGGAGGUGAUGGUUCUGGUGCCAAACCUGAUCUCCAACAUUGAGGACAUGGAUGGAGAUGGCAGCUGUGCCUUGGUCACAAACAGCUCACCUGGAGCAGUGACUGGGGGUUCCAAUGGGAAUGAGCAGGAGGAUCCUGACCAAAACAAUGAAGUUGACAGUAAAGAGCUUGUAGCCAUCGACCUCGGCUUAGUCUCGCCUGCUGAACCCCCACAGAACUCUGGGACACCUCCUGGUUCUGCAUCCUCUCCCCCCUCCAAUAUCUUCUUCUCUCACUCCAGCACUUCGAGGGGCACCCAGCAGCGCUCUUCUGUCUUCUACCCCAGCCAAUCUAGAGCUGGCUCAGGAUCAGGGUCGAGAUCUGCGAGCACCGACCCGCCACUCAGAGCAUCAGCAGUACCUCAGGUCGCCCCCUCUGCACUAGCGGAGAACUCAUUUUUGUUUCGGGACUCUCAGGGGCUGGACUCUGGCUGGGAGGCUCGCAGACAGGAGGCACUUGAGAUCGAGCACCAGCAGACCAUGAGCCUGCUUCUGCUGCAGCAGUGUGUGUGGGAGGAGAAGAGGAGAGCCGCCCGGCAGAAGGAGAAGGCAGCGCGGGCCAAGAAGCGCUACUAUCAGGCCAAACUGCACAAACUGGGGGUUGAGGGUCAGCUUUCCAGCAGCGACAGCGAUGAGGGGAGAGAGGCCCCCCAAACAUGAGCACUGAUUUUCCUAAAGUGUCUUUUGUAGAGUUGUUUGUGUAUUUGUGUUUUUUUUUAUUGAUGUGUUGUUUUUUAAAUCUUGAUACGAAAACAGAUUUUAUUUUUUAGUAAUCAUGUGUUAUAGGGCCAAUAUGUGUCAGAUUAUGUCAUUUAUGUUAGUAUCUGUGCAAUUUUUGUGAAUCAGUACUACUCAACCUGUUCCAAAUCGAAAUCCUCCUCAUUUCCGUCAGUAGCUUUUCCAUUUAAAGUAGCUCUAGGUGCAAAAUAGGGUGGAAUUCAAAUGAGAUUUCUCAGGUUUUUUGUUUCAGUGUUUUUAAAACGUUGUGGUUAGUUGAUGUGAGACCUUUCAGGGCUGAUGACUGAUGAUAGGCUGAAAUUGUGUUUGAUUAAGUAUUGUGGUAUUAUCUUUUAAAAAAAAAAGUUGCACAAACUGUGAACUGUUAGAAGUAACAGUGACAAUUUUGCUUUCACCGUGUUCAUUGAGAAGGCAGGAAGUUGAGAGGAAUGUGUUUUCGUGUUUUAAUGUCGUAUUUCUGGGUGUAAAUCAGUAUAAUUAUUCAUUCUCAGGGUUUGUUUGUCUGGACAAUGGACUCCUGGC